CGGAGUUUCUCUACCAGAGCUCCCCGCUUGCUGCUCGACCGGACAAGUUUGUGAAAAGAUUUUAAAGUGAGGAGUAACCGAGCAGCCAUGAAUCUGUUAACACAAUGACUUUAAAACACACUCUUUCUCCAUUUCAUGCGGAAUGAACACACUGGAUUGAUGUUAAAAUGAGAGCGAUCCUUUUAAACGGACUACUCUUGCUCUUUGUCGGACUCGCACAAGGGGCUUCAUUCUAUGGUGAUGGAUUUGUGCAGUUAAAAGGAACAGAGACGUCUAGCCGUAACACACUGCACGUUCGUUUCCGCACCUCCAGCCUGAGUGGCCUGCUUUUCCUGGCUGCAGGGCAGAAUGAUUUCCUGUUGCUGGAGAUGAAUGCUGGCAGACUGCAGGUAAGGUUGGAUCUGGGCUCUGGAGAGCAGAUCCUUCUCUCAGAGAGUGGAACCCAGCUAAAUGAUCUGGCCUGGCACACUGCAGAGCUUCUCCAUGAAAUCUAUAAUGUCACACUGACUGUGGACAACCACUCCAAGACCAGCCUGCGAAUGUCAGGCCCAGAGCGAGAGCUGCACAUCAACGACGGCCUAUAUGUGGGUGGUACGGGAGGUUUGGAUCAAGCUUAUCUGUCCAGCGAUCUCAAUGGGUUCCGUGGUUGCCUCGAUGAAGUAAUAUUUAAUCAGCACAAUCUACUUUCAUCGCUGAGGUCCUACUCUGGAUUCAAGAAUGUUUAUGAGGUUUCCCUAGGAUGCAGCCCACAGUUUUUUGCCAAUGAGGAUGACCCGAUCAGUUUUUUCAGCUCACAGGCUUACAUAUCCCUACCUCCUUGGACGGCACAACAUGAGUGGGCUUUUGAAUGCUCAAUCCACACAUCAGCUGAAGAAGGGAUCAUCAUGUACAGCUCAGCUCGACAGGGAGAUUUUGUCGCCCUGGAGAUCCAGAAAGGUCUCCUUCUUGCUGUGGUUGGUAAAGAUGGAAGUAAAACAGAACUACGUUCCCUCACCUUCAUCAACGACAACAAAUGGCAUGACGUUAAGCUCUUUUUCACUCCAAAAAGCCUCCAACUCACAGUAGAUGGAGAGACUGGAAAGUCCAUCAUAAGCUCCAGAUCAAAAGCCUUUCAUCUGAAAGGUUUCCUUUUCCUUGGGGGAAUCGAUGACGGCACACGUUCUGAGGUCAGAAAGGUGGGUCUUUCCUCGGUAGCAGGGAAGCGUGUUAAAGGUGGCUCCUUCAAAGGAUGCUUCAGAGACAUUAAAAUAAAUGAUGUCAAAAUGGGUCUCCCCAAUGCUGUGGUAACCAAAGACAUCUCUGUUGGCUGUGAUCCUGAAAAGGAUCUGGAUAUAAGCACCACAGUGAGCCCAACAACCCUUCCCAUGACCCUCGUUGACUCUGUCACUCAGCUGCCACCCACCGAUGCGUCCACCCUAGCCAAAGGUCUUGUCAAGAAGUAUGGACACAAUUUUCUACAGCUUAAGAACCUUGUUGUCCCGGAAGGGGGUUGGGGAGCCUUGGAUUCUAAGCAUAUUAAAGUAAACCUCGAUUUCAAGAAGCUUGGCAUCCGUCAGUCUCAGAUCAUCUUUAGGAUUGAAGAGCAGCCGGUGCAUGGUCAACUUAGGCUUGACGUAGACCAAGAGCAGGCUGAACAUACAUUCAGCAUGUUGGAUUUGUGGCACGGCAGGGUGAUGUACAUCCAUGGGGGAUCUGAAGACCCACUGGACUACUUCAUGUUCUCUGUAUUCUCCAGUAGCAGAAAGGAGGUGCCAAGCUAUCUGAAGGGACACAAGUUGUACCGAUAUAAUGUCACUGUUACGCCAACGAAUGAUGCUCCUGAGUUGAGUCUACCUGAGGGGAAUCUGUUUAUUCUUCUAGAGAACUCCAAGAAGAGGCUGACCACUGAUGUUCUGAAGGCCAUAGACAUUGACAGCAAUUACACAGACCUUGUUUAUUCAGUGUUAGGGAACCUUAAUGCAGAUGCAGGAUAUUUGGAGAACGAAAACAAUGCUGGUACACCAGUAGCUUCUUUCUCCCAUUCAGCUCUUGUAGACGGUAAGAUAAAUUAUGUCCACACUGGUGUGAGGAACUCUAGGAUUGUGUUAAGAGUCAGUGAUGGAGAGAAGGUGAGUAACACAGUGGUGCUUAGAAUAAUGGCUGUGGGACUUGAGUAUAAAAUCUCCAAUAACACGGGUCUGGAAGUGACUCAAGGAGAGAUGUUUCUGUUAAGCACCAACCAACUGGCUGUCUGGACAAAUGCAUUCAAGCAGGUGGUUGACAUUCGUUAUGAUGUAAUUGAGCCACCAAGAUUUGGUGAACUCCAAAGGAUGCACUCAAGUGGAGAGUGGAAGAUCACCAGCUCGUUUUCUCAAAGAGUUCUUGAAAAGGAGCGUUUGAGGUACCUCAGCACCUACCAGUCCAUUCAAACAAGUAAUAGUACUGACCACUUCAAGUGUAAAGUAACUGUGGCCUCCAGAGCUACUGAAGAACUAGUGUUUCCCAUAAAGGUAAAGUGGAUAGACUACACAAUAGAGAACAAUGAACCCCUAGAGUUGGACAAAAUUACGAAAGCUGUAAUUGACCCUGAGCAUCUGUAUGCAACAGCACACGGUGUGAGCUUGUCUGAGGAUGAGCUUUGUUUUAGAUUGUUGACUUUACCAAAAAGAGGAAUAAUUGAAGUGAAUAAUGCCAAGUUGGAUGUGAAUUCCACAUUUUGUCAAAGGGAUAUCACAAAUCUGAAAGUCAAAUACCAACUAGUGGAAAGAUCGUAUGAGGACACCAGUGAUGAAUUUGUUUUCCAUGUAUUCUCAAAGCAUGCACAUUCUGCUAGUCACAUUUUUAGAAUCAAUAUUAAAGCAGAUGUCAACAGCAUCUUCAUGACAAACAAUGGGCUGUCACUUCUUGAAGGUGAAAGCAAACUCAUCACAAAGGAUGAAUUGUUUGCUGAAACUCUAAGCACUAAGAAAAUGUACUAUACGAUCACAAAGAUGCCGCACCAUGGGAAGCUAAUGCGAAUCAACUUGUCCAACUCUACCAAAGACUUUGACAAUAUUAUGUCCUUUACCAAUCAGGAUGUUCUAGAAGGGCGUAUUAUGUAUGUUCAUGAUGACAGUGAAACAACUCUUGAUAGUUUUACCUUCAUAGCCUCCACAGGUUCAGUAACAAAGCUUUCUAUAAGAGAUAAUGACAUUGGCUCCAAGGAAGGCAUUUUUAACAUCUCAAUACAGCUGGUUAAUGAUGAGAAACCCAUCCGCAUUGUAGACAAAGUUUUUCAUGUUGUCAGAAAUGGACAGAGAUUACUUACACUCGAUGACCUUUGCUACCAUGACGCAGAUUCAGACUUUGGUGAUGGGCAGCUUGUUUACACCCGGCGUGGUAUCCCGAUGGGGGAUUUGGUUCUUGUGAAUGACACGUCACAUAAGCUGUACCAGUUUCGCCAAGAAGACUUGGAACAGAAACGAGUGCUGUUCAUUCACCAUGGGAUGAACUCUGGGCGUUUUGUCCUCUUUGUGUCAGAUGGCAAGCACUAUGUGUCCUCUCUGUUGGAUAUUAGCGCACAGGAUGCUUAUUUAAAAAUUGGCAACAACACAGGCCUGUUGGUUCAGAAAGGGCAAGCCAAGACGCUUAGUAAUGCUAACUUUAGUGUGGAUACAAAUCUUGACAUCCGAAAUGACAAUGAAAUAAUAUUCAAAGUCCAAGAGGCUCCAAAACAUGGCAGUCUGUAUUUAAAAGACAGCAAGACAGAGUCAUUCACCCAGAAUGACCUGAGAAAUGGUUACUUGUCUUAUCAUCAUGACAACAGUAAGAAUCUUGCUGAUGUUUUUACACUCCUGGUGGAAGUAAAAGACCUUCGACUUGAUGUUAAAAUUCAUGUGAAGGUGUACCUGGAAAGCCAUCAAAGGCCACCCAUCAUCCUUCAUAACAAAUCCUUGCUGGUGGAGGAGGGGAAACCAGUCAAGAUCGAGAGCAGUAAACUAAAGGUGACUCAUGAGGCUAGUUCACCCUCAGAAAUAACUUUCACCAUCCUAGUUGCUCCAUCUCAUGGCUAUUUACGGCAUUUUAUUGAGAGUAAAGAUCAGUACCAAGGAACACUAGAGGACCCAUUAGUGACCUUUUCCCAGCGGGAUGUUAAUGAUGGCAACAUUCAGUAUGUACAGGUGGCACCUGGCCAAGAGAGUGAUUCAUUCACCCUGGAGGCCAGCAACGGGGUCGCAGAGGUCAGUGACAUCAUCAUGUCUGUGGAUAUCAUCCCACGCCUUAUACCCAUUGAGGUAUCCAAUAUCACUCUGAAGGAAGGGGCAUCUAAAGCUCUCACAGAGGACAUCAUCAGAGUAACAAACCCACAUUUCUCAGGCCUCAAUUUUGUGUACCACGUCUCAGAGGGUCCCCUCCAUGGCCGCAUUGAGAAUUCACGUUUCCCUGGGAUUUCCACAACUUACUUUACAAGGAAGCAGGUGGAGCAGGAGUUUAUUUAUUAUAUCCACGACAACACCGAAACCUUGGAAGACCACUUUACUGUCACAGCAAAUGACACAGACCUGCGAAAACACAGUGCACCAUGGACUGUGCAUGUCCAGAUCACAGCCGUCAAUGACGAGCCUCCAGCCAUUACAGCCAACAGGGUUCUCAGGGUGUGGGUUGACUCUGUCACAGAAAUCACCAGUGAGGAUCUGAAUGCAGAAGAUGAGGACACGAUCCCUGAGCAGCUGGAGUACAUCAUUACCCAACCCAGCAAUGGUCACCUGGCUCUGAAGACUGCCCCUAACAGGCCCAUCAUGAACUUUACUCAAGCUCACAUUGACCAGCGACAACUGCUUUUUGUACAUAGUGGCCCAAUGGCAGGAGGCUUCAACUUUCAAGUGAAUGAUGGUGUGAACUUUGCUCCCAGACAGAUAUUCAGUAUUACAGCUCGUGCCCUGGUUCUUACUCUAGAGAAAGCUGGACCUCUUAAGGUGUUUCCAGGCUCCUUAUCCUUGAUUUCAAACAACAUUCUUCAGGCCAUAACAAAUGACGAUACUGGCAUUACAAAUCGGACCAUUUAUUUUACUGUGAUCAAUCCUCCUAAAUUUGGAAAACUGGUCAGUUUGCAGGCAGACAAGACCACAACAGAUAUUUCAUCCUUCACACAAAAAAUGGUGGAUGCGAGUGAAGUAGCAUAUCAGCAAAGUCAUGGGACCUCUUUGGGAUGGGCAGCACUAGAUAAGUUCAUAUUUACUGUGUCGUCUCCUCCUGCUAUGCUUGAAACCCAGACGUUUGACAUUGACAUUUCUUACGAAAAUAUUGGACCUGAACAAACUUCUGUGCUCCUCAAAAAUAAAGGUGUGGAGGUAACUGAAGGAGAAAAAGUGCUAAUUGAUAAAUCAAUGCUGGAUGCAUCCAAUCUUAUGACUAAACAACCUGAAUCCAAGCGCAGUUCUUAUGAGGUUUGGUACCAGGUCACAUCUCUUCCACAGCAUGGCGUCAUCAUCGUUGGGGAACGAAACCUUACAAAAGAAAAGCCCAAUUUUUCUCAGUUCAUUCUAAACAAGUAUGGAAUCACAUACCAUCACGACAACUCUGAGACCACCCGUGACCAUUUUGACUUUGAUGUAUAUCUCAACCUAAAGAGCAAACCACCAUCCCGCCCCCUAGAUACAGAGGUCGUGUCAGAAACAUUCAACAUCACUAUAAUCCCCAUAAAUGAUCAACCACCUGUUCUGAAAACCAAAGCCCCCAGCCUCAAAGUUGUUCAAGGGGACACUGUGGCUAUCGGACCCAACAACUUAAGUGUGGUUGACCUGGAUAACCCACCCACUGAAAUCCAAUACACUGUGAUUAGCAAACCUAGCAAUGGUUUCCUAGCCAUUGCAGAGCGCUUGAAUGAGUCGGUGGACUCUUUCUCACAGGCUCAGAUCAAUAAUAGAGAGGUGUUAUUUGUCCACGAUGGCAGUCCUUCAUCUGGAGCGUUCUACUUCAGCGUCACCGACGGUCAUCAUCGUCCGUUAUAUAAACUGUUCAAUCUGGAAGUGAUAGAGAUCACUGUUUCGCUUGUUAACAACACAGAGGUGCUACUGGACCAGGGACACACCUCUGUAACCCUCACACGGUCACACCUCGCCGCAGUGACCAAUGGUAAAAACACUACAGUGCACUAUAAAAUCACAGUACCGCCACAAUACGGUAAACUCCUACUGGACAAUGAGGAGGUCACUGUUUUCAGUCAAGAUGAUCUCCAGGCGGAAAAGCUAAGGUAUCACAUGGUCAACCUUGAGUCAUCCCAUGAUAACUUUGAGUUUGCGGCCUUUACAACAGAAGCGAACCUAACUAACCAAGUAGUUAAUAUCACUGUGAAACCUCUCAUUAAGUACACAGAGGGGGCAACGUUUCCAAACGGAAUUCGAAUUAAGCUGAAGCCACAUUUGCUAAAUGUGUCUGAACUGGCUUUGUUGAGUGGUGAUGAUCCAGUGUUUGAAAUUACAUUACUACCGGAGAAAUGGCAUGAUUAUCAGGGCGACCAGCGGCAAGAAAAGGAAAGCUGAAUCUGUGAGCUUUUUCACUUUUAGUGAACUACAGCAGGAGAAACUGGCCAUUGAGUUGAAGGCAAACCUGACGGGCGUCCAUGAAGUAAAUGACUCUUUCAGAUUUGUGCUUAAAGCCAAAAACGUCCAACCUGCCAAUGGAAUUUUCGCUUUCAGCAUUGUACCUCAUGUUCCCACUUUGGAGAUGUCAACAAUGAUCCCAGCGUCUACGAUCAGACCUGUUUUUCAUAA